CUGAACCUGUAUCCACGGUUUUCUUUUUUUUUUUUCUCUAACUUUUUUUUUCCUUCUUGGAGUUACGCGGUCGCGGCGGUUUUCCGACUCGGAAGCGAUCAUUACAUCGAUCUGGAUCCGGUGGGCCUUUACUCGUCUCGGACUGGUGAGCGAGUGUGUGGUGUGGGUAAGAAAUUAUUCGCCAUGUCUCCCAGAAAAAUCACUUAUUAGACACUUCGAUCCCGCCUUUCCAACGGAGGAAGAAAGAAAAAAGAAGGAAAGAUGUGGUCGUCGUUUCGUCCUCUCUCCUCCCUCCCCCUCCCCCCUUGAGUUUAUACUCAAUACUUGAGCUUUUGAAAAGCUCUUGUAUCGAUCAACUACUUGCAAUCUCGAGUCUUUAGUACUCCAUCACUCAAAUCCAACAAUCCUACAACCCCGUUGAGAUUAUACGCGGAACAUCAUGUUUGGUGGAAUCGAUUCGGACCUUGAAAAGGCCCCUCAGGUGGCCAAGGCGCCUAUGGAUGACAGCAGCGAUGGCGCUGUCCCUGGGGAAAGCUUCAUGUACGGCAAUUCGGUCUAUGCAAAGCUUCAGCGGCUGGCUGGAAAGUUCAACAUUGAACAACGAGGUGUCGAGCGUGUCCCCGAGAACGAACGGACGGAUACCUCGUACUUCAACAUCAGCAGCAUGUGGCUGGCAGCCAACAUGGUGGUUAGUUCUUUCGCCAUCGGCAUCUUGGGUCCUGAGAGCUUCGAGCUUGGCUUUGUCGACUCCAUCCUCGUCUGUCUCUUCUUCAACCUGCUUGGUGUCUUGACUGUCUGCUGGUUCUCCUGCUUCGGUCCCGCUUUCGGUCUUCGUCAGAUGGUCCUGUCCAGAUUCUGGUUCGGUUACUGGCCGACAAGAUUCAUCGCUCUUCUGAAUGUCUUAUCCUGCCUGGGUUGGUCUGCGGCCAACUCGAUCGUUGGUGCUCAAUUGCUCAACGCGGUGAACAGCAACGUCCCUGGUUUCGCGGGCAUCUUGAUUAUCGCCAUUUGCACACUUCUCGUCACUUUCGCCGGCUACAAGGUUGUUCACUUGUACGAGUACUACAGCUGGAUUCCCACCUUCAUCGUCUUCAUGAUCGUCUUCGGCAUGUUUGCCCACUCGGGCGAUUUCUGGAACAUUCCCAUGGGAACUGGAGGUGCCGAGAUUGGCUCCGUCCUGUCUUAUGGUGCCACCAUCUAUGGUUUUGCUACGGGCUGGACUAGCUAUGCUGCUGACUAUACUGUUUACCAACCCUCGGAUCGCAGCCGCCGCAAGAUCUUCCUGGCUUGCUGGGCCGGUCUGAUUCCUCCCCUUCUCUUUACUCAGUUCCUGGGUAUUGCUGUUGGCACCGCUGCCAUGGUCAACAACGGCGACAACAAAUACAUGGCCGGGUACACCGCAUCCGGAAAUGGUGGUAUCAUCUGGGCUAUUGUGGAGCCGCUCGGUGGAUUCGGCAAGUUCUGCUUGGUCAUCCUCUCUCUUUCGAUCAUCGCGAACAACUGCCCCAACAUCUAUUCUGUCUCCCUCACUCUUCAGGUUCUGAGUCAUCAGACUCAAAGAGUUCCUCGUUUCAUUUGGGUGUUCCUGGCCUCGUGUGUUUCCGUGGCCGUUGCUAUUCCUGGAUACUCUCACUUUGAAGAAGUUCUCGAGAACCUGAUGGAUUUCAUUGCCUAUUGGUUGGCCAUCUAUUCCGGUAUCGCCAUCGCAGAUCACUUCAUUGUCCGUCGUGGUUUCGGGGGAUACCGCCCCGAGCACUACGACACGCCUGAGAAGCUCCCUUACGGCUUCGCUGCAUGCGUCUCCUUCGCUUUUGGUGUCGUCGGUAUGGUCACUGGUAUGAGCGAGACAUGGUUCGUCGGACCCAUUGCAAAGCGCUCGCAUGACGGCGAUAUCGGGUUUGAAUUGGCCCUCUUGUUCUCGUUUGUUGUGCAUGCCAUCCUCCGCCCCAUCGAGCUGAAAAAGUUUGGUCGGUAAAUGCGUGCAACUUUCAUAACAAUAUACAAUACUUUGGGAACGGGUUUUCUUGGGAUAGGUAUUUUUUUUUUUCAUGUCUGGUAUGAAAAAUCAGCCUGGCUGUGGUGGUUCUUCAUGCGGGGAUGACGAUGUCUGCCAUGGUAGCAAGUCUUAACUUGGCUAUGGUGGUUUCCGCAUGGAGGAUGACGAUGUCUGCCAUGGCAGCUGGUAUUUUUGUAUAUAGAUAAUAUUGUUGAUUUUAAUAACUCCCGUGCAGACGAGCCGGGAAGUCAAUAUACGUGAGA